CCUUUCCCUCGAAACUUACGAUAUUCUGGUUCUCUUUUGAUUAAUCACAGACACCUACGAAAACUGUUUCUUGUUCACGGACAGUGGAAUUACUACCGAAUGACUUUCAUGGCCCUGCUUUUCUACCAUAAGUGCGUCGCUCUGGUAGCAUGCCAGAUCUACCAACUGUGCUUCAGUGGAUUCUCAGCCCAGCCCCUCUUCGACAGCCUCCUCUAUGCCCUAUACAACCUCACAAUGACUUCCUGCAGCGUUACCGCCUUCGGCCUCUUUGAAAGACAUCUCACCGAACGCGACCUGAUGCGCUAUCCCUUCCUCUACAGACUGGUAGGUUGGAUCUGUUCUGGUUGUUCAAUUUGGCAGAACAGACGCACUGACUGUCGCAAUGCCAACUACAACCCCGGUUACGUAAUCCUCUACUGCCUCGACGGCUGGUGGCUCGGCACUGUCUGUUACUUUCUGGGCUACUUUGUCCUGGUCGGGGGUGGCAUCUACGGAGAGGCCACCUUCGUGCUGGCUGGAGCCUCUUAUGCCACCCUGGAUGUGGACCUCUUCGGCACAGCCGUCUUCCUCUACCUGACAAUUGCUGUCAACUUCCGCUGCUUUGUCAUCAGCCGAACCUUCACAAUGGCCCUGAUAAUCGGAAACCUGCUCUUUGGUAUUGGCAACUUCAUCAGGUUGACCACUCCAAUUUCAAUUUUCUACAUGAAUCUCUCCUACCUGGCUUACUGUCCAGCCUUCUGGUUGGGUUUGCCGUUGACGCUUUGCCUCUCUCUAAUGCCCGAUGUGGUCUGGAGACUGGGAUCUGAUUACUGGUGGAAACAACAGAUCGCCAUGGGCUGUGGAAACAGCCAAGCCAGGGGGUUGAAGUCACCCUCGGUCAGCCUGACAGAAAUAUGA